AUGGCUGCCGUCGACCGUCCACCGCAGCUGCCAGAGGUGCACGGCCCCGUCCGUCGCGGAUCGUACCCCAUCCAACGGCCGCCGGUCAGGGAUAGGAACAGCAUCUUCACCAACCCGUUUGCGUCGCAGGGACAGCAGCCGCCCCAGCUGAGCCCGCAGAGCGUUCCGGACACCAUCCGGGCCGUCAAUGGCGGCACGCGGCGGUGCAACGACAGCCACGUCACCAGCCCGAGCGUCUCGAAUCCCAACCCGCGCACCAUCGUCAUCUGCCUCGACGGCACGGGCGACCAGUUCGACAACGACAACAGCAACGUCGUCCGCUUCGUCCAGUGCCUGCGCAAGGACAGCCCGGACCAGAUCACCUUCUACCAGUCCGGCAUCGGCACCUACAAGUCCGGCCACCACGUGCAGGAUGGCAUCUCGGCCGCCGUCGACAUGGCCGUGGGAUCCGGACUGGGCCUCCACGUCCGCGGCGCCUACCGCUUCCUGCAGCAAAACUACCGCGAAAACGACCGCAUCUGCCUCUUUGGCUUCUCGAGGGGCGCCUACACGGUGCGCUCGCUGGCGGGCAUGCUGCACAAGGUGGGCCUGCUGCCGCCGCACAACACCGAGCAAGUCUCGUUUGCCUACCGCUACUUCAAGGACGACACGCCCGAGGGGUGGAAGAUGUCGGCCGAGUUCAAAAAGACGUUUUGCACCGACGUCGACGUCCACUUUGUCGGCGUGUGGGACUGCGUGGCGAGCGUGGGCUUCGUCCCGCGCACCCUCCCCUUUUCAAAGAGCUCCAACAACAGCAUCCGCCACUUUCGCCACGCCCUGGCCCUCGACGAGCACCGCGCCAAGUUCAAGGCGUGCCACUGGGUCCAGCGGCACGAGACGGCCGACCGCCUGCGCCUCCACCGCGACACGAUGCAGGGCGUCGUCGCCGAGCCCGAGCAGAUCAACGGCGUCAACGGCGCUGCGUCGCCGCGCGAGCCGGGUCAGACGACGCCCAACGGCAACGGCGUCGGACGACGUGCCAGCAUGGUGCGUUCGCUGGUGGGCAGCGUCUCGCGGCGCAACUCGAGCAUCGCGACGACGACGACGGCACCGACGACGCUGAACCUCGACGGCGGCGGUGGUGGCGUCGGGGCCGGACAGCACUCGCGUCGAGCCAGCUCGAUGGUGCUCGAGUCGCUCGAAAACGAAGACAGGCGGGACCUCGACAGCGACGAGCGCAAGCAGGCCAUGCUCGAGACGACGUUCGAAGAGAUCACCGCCAUGGAGGGCGAGGACAAGGACCGCUUCGAGACCGACGUCGAGGAGGUGUGGUUCCUCGGUGCGCACGCCGACGUGGGCGGAGGGGCGGUGCCCAACGAGACGCGGCACCAGCUGGCGCGCAUCCCGCUGCGCUGGAUGAUCCGGUGCUGCUUUGACUGCGACACCAACAUCCUCUUCCGCACCGAGGCCCUCGCCGAAAUGGGUCUCGACGUCGAGACCCUCUACCCAGUCUACCGCAAGCGCCAGGUGCCCAUCGUCCUCGAGCCGGAACCGAGGAUCCUCGAACGGUACCGCACCCGCACCCUCCCCUCGCUGCUGCAGCGGGCGCAGAGCAUCCGAUCGCGCACCCUGCCAUCGCGGCAACCUUCGCCCUUCUUCCCUUCCCCGCUGCCGUCGCCGGCCUUGACCAUGGGCCCGGGCAAGGGCGAGACCGACGUGCCCGAGGCGUACCUCAAGGAGGCCAACGAGGACUAUUUUGACGCCCUCGCGCCCAUCAACGACCAGCUCGAAGAGUCGAGGGCCUGGUGGAUCCUCGAGGCGUGGCCUGUCAAGGUGCGCAUCCAGAACAAGGACGACAACGGCUGGACAAAGCGCGUCGCCAUGAACCGCGGCCGAUACCGCGCCGUGCGGGCCGAGGAGCCGCAGAUGCACUACACGGUCAAGCUGCGCAUGGAUACGACCAAGUACAAGCCCCAGGUGCGGAUGGCCAGAGAGGCGGCGUGGAAGGUCGUGACCUGA